CUUAUUGUAGACAAUUCAUUUUAAACUAUGCCAUUCUUGAAGCUCCACUCUCCUCCCUCAUUCAUGGCAAAGGUCUACAAUCACAAGAUAAGAUCACAUGGACUCUUGAAGCAGAACAGUCUUUCACUGAGCUGAAACUUGCCUUACAGACCGCCCCAACAUUAGGUCUACCUGAUCCUACCAAAUCUUUCACUCAAACGGUAGACGAGAAAAAUGGAUACAUGACUUCUGUGUUGCUGCAGGAUCACGGAAAUAGACUAAGGCCUGUAGCUUACUUUUCUUCAAAACUAGAUCCUGUGGCUGCAGGCCUCCCAAGAUGUCUCAGAGCUGUGGCUGCUGCUGAAAAGGCAAUCAUGGCCUCCCGAGACAUUGUGAGCUACUCUGAUGUGACCCUCCUCGUCCCACAUGCUGUGUCCAUGAUUUUGCUCGAACAAAAAACUUCUCAUCUCUCCACAGCACGAUGGUUAAGAUACAACACUGUGCUUUUAGAAAUGCCUAACAUCACUAUAAAAAGAUGCAAUGUUUUAAAUCCUGCCACUCUCCUUCCCACACCUGACGAUGGACAAGAACAUAACUGUGUUGCCGUCCUCCAACAGGUCUGCUCUCCAAGACCGGACCUGCAAGAAACUCCAUUAACUAAUCCUGAUUUGGUUGUUUUUGUAGAUGGAUCUGCCUCCCGUGACCCACAGACAGGUCGCAACAGAGUUGGAUUUGCUGUUGUCACUAAUCAUGAAACUCUUGUUUCAGGCUCACUUCCCUCUCACUAUUCUGCACAAGCAGCAGAACUCACAGCAUUGACAGAGGCAUGCAAACUGGCAAACAACAAGACUGUAACCAUCUACACUGAUUCCAGAUAUGCAUUUGGUGUGGUACAUGAUUUCGGUACUCUGUGGAAACACAGACAAUUUUUAAAAUCUGAUGGAAAACCCAUUCUCCAUCAUGACAAGGUUGCAGCUCUUCUAGAUGCCAUUUUGCUCCCAACUUCAAUUGCUGUUUGCAAAUGCCCUGCCCAUACUAACAACUCAGAUUUGGUUUCCCUAGGGAAUGCGAGAGCUGAUGCUGCUGCAAAAAGAGCUGCACUCCAGCCCACCAUCCUUAAUCCUUUGCUUGCUUCAACCCCCGUCUCUAUUCCAAGCUCUCUUACAGCAAUGCAAACCUUUGCCACACCACAAGAAAAGACGUUGUGGAGACGCUGUGGUGCCACACAGAAAGAAGAAGUGUGGCGAGGACCCGACGGCAAACCUUGUCUGCCCAAACAUUUCUUUCCUCACUUUGCAAAGUUGACACAUGGGUUGGACCACGUGUCAAAAGGGGGGAUGUUGGAUAUCAUAACUCGACACUGGUUCACCAAAGGUUUUUCAGUUCAUGCACAGAAGUUUUGUCAAUCAUGCAUGGUUUGUGCAACACAUAACGCAGGUAAAACCAAAACAAUCACACACGCCGCACACCCACCACCAGAUAGGCCAUUUGAACACUUGAUGAUGGACUUCAUAGAACUUUCACCAGCAGAAGGGAAGAAAUACUGCUUGGUGAUGGUUGAUAUGUGGUCAAAAUGGGUUGAAGCUUUCCCAGCAAGAUACCAAAGCAGCCAAGUGGUAGCAAAGGCUCUGCUAACAGAAAUUAUUCCCAGAUGGGGAAUACCAACUAAACUAAGCAGUGAUAAUGGUACACCCUUUGUCAACACUGCAAUAACCCAAAUCAGUGAAUUUCUUGGCAUCGACCUCAGAACACAUUGUGCUUACCACCCUGCCAGUGCAGGUGCAGUUGAACGAGAAAAUGGCACGUUGAAGUCAAAACUAGCAAAAUGUUGCGAGGAAACGGGGCUGCCAUGGACAAAAGCUCUGCCUAUUGUUCUAACACACAUAAGAAUGAGGAAAAGAUCUAGAGUGAACAUGAGCCCUUUCGAAAUUCUUUUCGGCAGACCCCCAUCCCUAGGAGUGGAACCUGUAACCAGGCCACUCCCCUCUACCGGCUUAUGUGACGAUGACAUGUUACAAUAUUGCAAAAACUUAUCAUCUACUCUCUCUCAAAUCUCUCAACAGGUGAAAUCAGCCCUUCCACAACCAGCCUCCACACCACUGCAUGAUUUCCAACCUGGCGACUGGGUGGUGAUAAAAGAUUUCAGGAGAAAACACUGGCACUCCAAACGCUGGCGAGGCCCAUUCCAGGUACUCCUGACAACACACACGGCAGUGAAGGUCGCUGAGAGAGCAACGUGGGUUCACGCCAGCCACUGCAAAAAGGUCCCUGAACCAACAGAGGAAUCCAGCUGUCGACUUGAACAACGUGAGGACGGACGCCGCGGAGACGGACAACGCGAGGACGAACAAGCGCAAAAAAAGCACGACACGAGGGAUAACUCCGUAGAUUCAGCAACCACCAACUAGACCCCCGGUUUGAUCAACAACACAAACACCAUGUAUCACCUGACCCUGACCCUAGCAUGUUGGACUGUGCUAACAGAAGCCUACACCUACAAACCUGCCAAAACUGUCACUCUUACAGAAGGACAAAAUACAACAUUCACCUGCACCGUGUAUCCUGAAAUUUGGCGAUCAGGUCAAAUUCGUUAAUGAUUAUUAAAUAAUCAAAAGGGAGAAUUGUAAUGGUAAAAAUCCAGCUUUCAUUGUUUCAGUCACGAGAGACACACAACCUCCCCGUUCCCACAGUCCCACAAACCUAUUUGGGACACUCAACCUCCCUGCUGUUAAGAUAAGGUACAAGAUCCUCUUAUCUCUGUAGGAUGUGAACCCUAAAACCCACUUUUGCACCUAGGUGCGAGGUCAUGCAGGACAACCUGGGGUGAAGCACACCAGCAGGAGGUCAGAAGCAUAACUUGGGAGAGGAGGGGGGUGCCCCUCGAAUUAAGACAAAAGGUUGUAAAACACAUGAUGAGGGGCUGUCCCUCAUGUAUAAAUGUUUAGGUCUCCCCAUGCUCGGGGUCUUUCUUCACUUUGACCGCUCGCGUGUUGACUGACCUUUUCUUUGCAAAGAAAAUAAAACCUUGUCGGCCGGCAGAAGUCUCUAUUUCAUUAUUCACCAGCAGCAAAGAGAAAAAUUU